AUGCCCGUCGGCCCUCGCGUCUCCAAAGAAGAAUUCAUGCACGCCUUGGGUUUAAACCCGCAGGACCCGAAUCAUGAACAAUACUACCGCGCCAUGCGGGACGAAGCAAUCAUCGUCUACAACCGCAUGAACCAAGAUACAUCCGUCCUCCUUGACAACGUCCGCGCCGACCCGGCAACCCGCCCCCCAUUCUUCUGGCAUCAUAUUCGACCGGAUUGCCAGCGCUGGGCUAUCCAAGAGAUCUGGCACAAUGCGGCGCCGUUCACGAGGGUACUAUUCGAUCGCGGCGCGACGAAUGGCGAGUACGGACCGAAUUGGGUGGCUGGGUGGUUGUUGUAUAGUGUUUUUCGGUCUCGGGAUGUGAGGAAUAAUCGGAAUCGGAGGAAGGGGGAGGCGUCUGGGGGUGAGAGUGAUAAACGCAGACAGGAGGAGACGGCGCCGCCGAAGAAGGGGUAUUAUGAUCCUGUGCGAAAUGGGACGAUAUAG